AAUGAGAUAAAUUUACUGAGUGUUGUAAUAGUCUUAUUUUUUGCAAAUAUGUAUAAAAAGUCUGUGGAUAGCCCACAAAGAAAUUUUGGUGUAUCAUUUUGCUAAUGGAUGGCUGUUCCAACAUUCUUUUGUCACAAGGAGUUUAAUUCAAAGAUGUUUUACUAAGUAUUGUGUUGUUCUAAAGCAAUGUUUGUUUUGCCUCGUAGGGCUAGUGUAUUGUGUCAAAUGUUUUGCAAUUAAAUUUGUGAAUGUUUGCUAAUUUCGCAUUAGUAUGAUGACUAUCACUAGUAGAUGCGGAAUUCGAAGGCUCACGAAAUGUCGAUGAUAAUUUCUUGGGAUGUCUUUUAGUGAUACGUGAGUUUGAGAAGAAUGCGUUAUUUUGAAAGAGUUUUUGCCGUGGCUUAUGACAAGAACUAAUUUGAGCGCGAACCUAAACCUGAUAAUCAGGAUCACUGACAAUGUUUAAUAAAAGCGAAUCUUCUAAAUGUAGUUUUUUGGAACAAACGAAAGCGGCUCGUGAAGAACGAGCACAAGAAAAGAAAAGGGAAGCUGCUGCUAUUCUAUUGCAGUCGCACGUGAGAGGAUGGCUUACAAGAAUACGAUUUACGAAAAAUAUUCUGGAUGACUUUGACAUGCUGUUACCUCCAGAGGGAUGCGCAGAACUGCGGCCAUCAGUACAAGUGUAUCAGAAUGCAUCCAGGUUUUUGUUUGUAUGGAAAAAAGAACGAGAUAAAGAACGCUUUGAAAAGUUAUGUAGGUAUUUAGUUUCUAGUCUUGAAAGUGACUCGGUGAAGCUGAGCUAUGUUGGUGUAGCCUUAAAUAAAGAAUAUGCGUUGGCCUGGAUCUCUCAUAUGAAGACCAUCUUGUGGAAAUGCUGCAUUUACUUGGAUGAUCUGCAUCCAGAAUACCCAGCAGAUAUGUGCACAAUGCUGUUGUAUCUGCAUACAUUAGUGGCCUUUACAUCAACUAAUACGUGGUUCAUACUAAAAGCAAAGCAUAUGGAAGUGCUGAAAUCUGGAAUGAAUCAACUUUGUGCCAAUAUUAUGGGACAUUUGUUCAACAAGGGCUUUUAUUUAACAUUAAAGACACUGUUGAUACGAGGUCUUGGACGUUCAAAAGUGACACUGAAACAUGUGUCACUAUCAGCAAUUAUAACAUUAGCACUGCGGCCACUAGUAUCUGCAAAUUUUUCAGAGAAACUGAUGACAAUGUUUUUAAUACAUAUUUUGUGUGUGCCAGGUCUAAUUCUACAUUUGCAGAACCUAGCUCCUGAGUGUGUUUCUGCCAUCAUCAGCCAUGAAAUAUUUGGCAGAAGUUUGGACCUUCUGAAUUUGGAACAGAAUACUAGGAUAGUAUUUAAUGUUCUGGAAGGCAACUAUGCCCUUUGUCUACUAGCAAAUCUGAUACACCUUGCCUACAUUCAGCGUGAAGAUGCCUUACGAGAACUUUAUUUCCCAAGUUUUACUUUUGUGGUGACUCGACUUUUAGAGAGUUGCCAACAUUAUGUCACGAGCAAGCAGUCAAAUUUAACUCACUGGCAUCCAGUACUAGGCUGGUUCGCACAGGAGACGGACAGUGCACUAAUGGAGUCGAUACCUCAUGUAAGGUCACAGUUGCAACUGUUGUGGUCGAGUCCGAUGGUGUCUGCACUGCUGGGGCAUGUUCUAGAAGAAGCAGAGCCACCAGAAACCUCUGAUGGUGUACCACAGGCAGUCGGUGGGACUGGACUACUGAGGCGGGCGCUGCUUGAGCACCGUGGGGCCUGCCACUCUGCCGGCCGAAACCGCCUCGGCAGUGCAGAAUGCUCCAAAGUUGCACUCGUCUGCUCCCUCUACCAGACUGCUCUCGCGACCCUUACCCAGCUGAGACUGGAAGUUCUUACAGGUUUGUGCUAUCAGGAUAAGAUUUUAUUCAGCCUUUGGCAGUUCAUUUGCAGUUUAGGUCCUAACUGUGGCUUGAAGUCUUUCCUGGACCUCCUCACAGUUAAUACAAAGUGUAAUGCUCCAGAGUUUCAGAUGUUGAUUCUCUUCUGCGAUUGCAUGACACAUUAUGUGACAAUUCUUGAUGACCUGGAAAUGUAUGAGCAACAGAAACCUUUUCGGCUGACAGAUUUUGUUGUUAUGUGCAGCUUUCUUAACAACUUUUUGUACAAAGCUAUUCUUGGAAAUCUAUUUGAUGUAAAAAAUCUAAAUGGCAACCAGCUUUUCCAAAUGGCUCAUACCUUGUUAAUGGUGCUGUACCGGAGAGACUGCAGACGGAACUAUACUCCUGACAAUCACUGGCUGAUUAAAGAACUGCGGGUCGGUUCAUUUGUGAACGAUUUGGAAAAAGGAAAGAAAACUACUCAGGUCCUUCUCCAGAAGAUGCCACACAUUAUCCCACAUGAUGAGAGAGUACAGUUGUUCCGCAAAUAUGUGGCAAAUGAAAAGGCUGUGUUAGGUCUUACAGAAUCUGCUUGUGCAUCACCACAGGCUACAUUAAUUACAAUUCAUCGAUCUCGAAUUGUUGAGGAUGGAUACAGGCAGUUAGCUAUGCUUCCAUCGCAAGCACUGAAAGGAGUUAUAAGAGUACGUUUUAUCAAUGCACAGGGUUUAGAUGAGGCUGGAAUUGACCAAGAUGGAGUGUUCAAAGAAUUUCUCGAGGAAACCAUUAAACGCGUCUUUGAUCCCUCUCUCAACCUUUUUCGUGUUACGAGUGAGGAGCGUCUCUAUCCAUCUCCUACGUCUUAUAUGCAGGAUAAUCACCUCCAACUGUUUGAGUUUGUGGGGAGAAUGCUUGGCAAGGCAGUGUAUGAGGGAAUUGUUGUAGAUGUCCCAUUUGCAUCUUUCUUCCUGAGCCAGUUACUGGGGCAGCAGAAUCAAGUUCUUUAUAGCUCAAUGGAUGAGUUGCCGUCACUUGAUCGUGAAUUGUACAGAAGCUUGACAUUUAUCAAACAUCACCAGGGUGAUGUCCAGGAGCUAGAUUUAACAUUCUCAGUAGAUGAAGACUGCCUUGGGAGGCUGGUGACCCACGAAUUAAUUCCUGGAGGAAAAGCUGUACCUGUGACUAAUGAGAACAAAAUAAAUUACAUACACUUGAUGGCACACUUUCGUAUGCACACACAAAUUAAGGACCAGACAGCUGCAUUUAUUCGUGGAUUUCGGUCAAUUAUCAAUCCAGAGUGGCUCUCACUGUUUUCGACUCCUGAGCUACAAAGGUUGAUCUCAGGUGACAAUGUACCGUUAGAUCUUAAAGAUCUUCGGAAACAUACACAGUAUUAUGGGGGCUUCCAUGAUUCCCACAGAGUUGUCUGCUGGUUGUGGGAUAUUUUGGAAAAAGACUUUACAAAUGAAGAAAGGAAGCUGUUUUUGAAGUUUGUAACAAGUUGCUCAAAGCCUCCUCUACUUGGGUUUGCUCAUUUGGAACCUCCAUUCUCAAUACGUUGUGUCGAGGUUGGCGACGAUGAGGACACUGGCGAUACUAUUGGUAGUGUUAUUCGGGGCUUUUUCACCAUAAGGAAGAAGGAUCCACAAAAUCGCCUCCCGACUUCAUCUACAUGCUUCAAUCUCUUGAAGUUACCAAACUAUCAGAAGAAAAGUACAUUGCGAGAGAAACUGAGAUAUGCAGUUUCUAGUAAUACAGGAUUUGAACUGUCUUAAAUUAGACUGAAUCAGACUACAGGCAUGAGAUACUACAGAGACUUCCUCCAGAGGCUACUAUUUUAAUUUAAAAUGUAAAUAUUUGUGAAAACAUCAAAUAGAUGAAAACUUAAGCAAUUUAACACUGUAAAUAUGUUUGUAGAUAUUCUGUUUAUAUUUAGCUUAAAUGUGAAUUACCAUCCAUAAGAUAAUUUUAGUUUUGCAGUCAGUGUUACGUGGCCAGCAUUUUUAUUGUUGUAUUUGUUACUCUUCUUUCUUCCAAAGAUUUGCUCAUUUGUAAAUUGCUGGAUUACUGCAUAUUGUUUCAGUAUGCUAAUGCAAGGUAGAACUAAGUAAAUAAUGUUGUUGUUGUCAUUGUUGUUACUGUUGUUGUUGGAUCUUCAGUCCAAAGACUACUUUGAUGCAGCUCUCCAUUCUACUCUGUCCUGUGCAAGCCUUUAUCUUUCUGAAUAACUACUGCAAUGUAUGUCUUGUUGAACCACCCCACUGUAUUCAUUUGUUGGUCUCUCUCUAAAAUUCUUACUCAUACUUCCCUCAAAUCCUAAAUCCAAGAUCCCUCAAUAUCUCAGAAUUUGUCUUAUCAGCCAUCCCUUUUUUUAGUUAAGUUGUGCCAGAAAUUUCUUUUCUUCCCAGUUCAGUACCUCCUUAUUAUUUACAUGUACUACCGAUCAUAUCGUGAGCAUUCUUCUGUAGCGUCCCAUUUCUAAAGCUUGUAUUGUCUUCUUGUAUGAGCUGUUUAUCAUCCACAUUUGACUUUCACACAAGACUACACUCCGGACAAAUUCCUUCAUAUAAGAUUUUGCAACACUUAAAUUUAUAUUCACUGUUACCAAAUUUCUCUUCUUCAGAAACACUUUGCCAGUCUACAUGUUGUAUGCUCUACACUUUGACCACAUCAGUUAUUUAAGUCCCCAAAUAGAAAAACUCAUCUACUACUUUUAGUGUCCUAUUUCCUAAUCUGAUUCCCCAGCAUCACCUGAUUUAAUGUGACUGCAUGCCAUUACUCUUUGUUUGCUUUUGUUGAUGUUCAUCUUAUAUCAUCUUUCAAAACACUGCCCAUCCCACUCAACUGCACUUCCUAGGCCUUUGUUUUCCCUGACAGAAUUACAAUGUCAACAGCAAACCUCAAAGUUGUUAUUUCUUCUCCCUGAAAUUUAAUGCCUUCCCCGAAUGUUUCUUUGGUUUCCCCCUUACUCCUUGCUCAAUGUACAGAUUCAAUGUCAGGGAUAGGCUACAAACCUGUUUCACUCCCUUCUUAGUCACUGUUUCCCUUUUAUGGCUCUUGACUCUCAUAACUGCUGUAUGGUUUGUGUACAAGUUGUAAAUAACAUUUUAUUCCAUGUAUUUUAUCCCUGCUACCUUAAGAAUUUCAAGGAUAAAUCACUAACACAAAAAAACAAGAUCACGUACACUGCUUGUGUGCACAUGUAGGCGAGGCUGCAUUAGAUCAAGCAAACUGUGCUUCUCUAAAUGACAGUGAUGCAGUUGGUAACCUCUUUAGUGGCAGAAUAGCUGAAAUGCUCUUUUUCCUUAUUCUCUUAUACUUAAUACUGGAAAGAAGAAUAAUACAGAAUGUAAAAGGUUAUGCUGAGUGUUCCAUAUUUCACUUGGCUUAAGUACUACAAAAUUUCAUCACAUUCCUCACAGGGCACAUACAUUUCACUUGGUUGUGCGGUAGAUCCGUUCAUCUGUGAGCUCCCCAGGAUGUUGUGAUUGCUUGCUGGAAACAUUUUAAUUUCAUUAAGUAGAGGAUUCUCAAGAGGAACAACAUAAUUAUGAGAUGUUAGGAGUGAAUGCAUGCAGCAGCAAUGAUUAAGUGCUUGCACAUUCCGAAAACACAGUUCUUUCUGUGGUAGUAAGUCAUAACUUCCUCUCAACACUUCCAUGUAUUUUUCAUUAAGUUUUCCUUUUGAAUUUAUCAUUCCUCAGUUCAGUGUAUCAGUAAACAUGAAAUUUAAACUGUUCAGAUAACAGUUAAUUAAUGAAAAUGUCUAUAUUUAGAAAAUACUACUUGAUUUCAUUAAAUAGCACUAUCAUCAUUGCAGUGAUCAAUCCUUAAAAAUGGAAAACAAACAAUCUCAACCUCAGAAAUAUUUAUUUUGAUGGUAACCAGUUUCGAUCACUCUCUGACCAUCUUCAGACCUUCAUGCUGCAAUGGUAGUUGGUAGUGGUGAUCGAAGCAGAUGCUAUGCUUCCGCAAAUGUUUUUUUCCAUUUUCAAAGUACUUUUAGGCAGACUGCUGUUUCUCCACGGGAAGUGUUGUCAUAAAUUAUGAAUUAUCACACUUUUAAUAAAUCAGCGAUUUUUGGAACACUGUGCUUCUUUUGUAUCCAUCCAUUAAAAAAGAGGACAGCUGCAGUAGAUUAAUGAUGGGGAAGUUAUUACAGAAUGCUGCAACAGAUUGUGAAUCUAAUUCUUCAUCAAUAGUUUUCACUCUACUGCUGCUGCUUAUUUUGUUACCUAUUUUGUUCUUGUUAUUUGUUACAAUGUGUGCAGUGGAUGGGAAGAAUUACACAAGUAGAACCUAUUGGGUAAACUUUUAUUGCAAAUAAAACUGAUAUGUAAAUGCAGUUUGCUCCAAGUUAUAGUCAAUUAAAAUGCUAUGUUCAAUUUUAAGAUUUAGUUCACAACUUUGUUGGACAUGACUUGAGGAUCUUAUAUGUGUCUUUAAAAUCUCUUAGGUAGCAGCCCACAUCUUAAUUCCUGUAGCGUUUUCCUACUUUGUCAACACUGAAUCAAAUCUAAUGCACAUUCCUCCGCCCCUGUUGGCCAGAUCCAAUCCAGCAGGUAUCUCAAAGAGUUGAGUAUAUUAAAGUGAAGAGUGAUGAAAGGCUGGUCUCAUCACUGUCAUUUCUGUGCCUCUGGAAUGCUGAAGGUGAUGGCUGUAUCCACUGUCGCCAUAUUGAAUUUUAAUCAGUUUCAGAAUGUUUGGAGUGGGUAGGAAGUUCAGCACUGUCACUAUUGGUGUUGCAAUACAUUAAUAAGGCAUGAAUGUUUAGGCGUUACUGCUAAAAAGCUGCUUCUUAAUUUUGGAUGUAUAUUGUCUCAGGUUUUGUUUUUUGCUGUGUUGUUUUGAAGAUUAUUCUUACUUCCAGAUAUUUUGGACUGUGCUUUGUCCAUGAAGAAUUCACCCACUGUGUAGCAAGUUAUUAUAUACAAUUGGUCUUUAAGAAUUUGGUUGUAAUGAAUUUUAUGUCCAAUAUUUAUUCAUUUCUUUUCCCCAUCUGAUGUUACUGAUACCCCAGUUUCCAAGAAGCUGUGGACAUAGCGAAUUGGAGUGAUUUCAUCUAUAUGUACGAAUUCCCCGGUCGUGUGAUUUUAAGAUGACAAGUCUCGGUGUCUGUGCAAACCCUAGGAGGAGUCUGUUCCCCAGAUAUGUUAAUUAAGACGGUCGAUUUCAAAUAGGAAACUACGACUAACAUUAUCGAGCCUUGGCAGAUGGCGUCACUGGCAGCCCUGAGGUAUGAGAAUAGUUCAAUUUCAUCGCCAUCUUCACAAAGCUAUUUUGAUCUGAGUUACUAAUGCAAUUUCUUCCAGUUGUAAAUAUAGCUUUUCCAAAGCAGGGGAAGUCCUUUUGUGUGUCACUUGUGUGUGCAAGAUCUCUGUUUGGCACAGGUACUGCUAUCACCUCAGUGUUGGUGCUGUAGAUUAUUUCUCUCUAAGAUCUUUGAGAGGAAAAUUGAGAUUUCUGACAGUGCAAAUUGACCUGGAUGAAUGCUGCCAAUGCUGCUGUCUUGCCAAGCUUUAAUAUAUUGAUUAUGGCUGCAAUCUUUUGUGGUGGGAACGGAUUGUAUAAUUUAAAGGUUACUUGCACAGUUGAAAAUUAUGACUUUUCCCGGUGGUAAUUAUAAUAUAUUUUUCUUUUCUAUGCUUUUCUUCACAUUUUCAUCCAUGUAGGUUUUUCAUUUUGGAUCUGAUCGUGUUUCAUCUGAUUUCCAGUAUUCUGGCUAGUCCCUAACUCUUCCUCACCAGACUGGACUUUGCAUUAAAACAACAGUCUAGGUCACUGUCAUGUGCAGUAUUAUGAUGGAGACAGCUGUUUUAACCCAGCUGUAUUACCAAAUCACUGACCAUAUUGUCCAAAUUUAUAGAAUGAACAUUGUUGAGUAGUCUUCGUUUCCUGCAGAGGCUUUUAAUUUCAUAAGUGUCUUUCACUAGCUUCAUCACAGAUCAAACUGUAUUCUUUCUGUAGACCCCUUGGGCACAUUGAGUUGUCACAGAUUUGAUGCUGGAAAGCAUUACUUUUUCAGAGGAGAUCGCUGUUGACUUAUUAAGUUUGAUAAUUAUUAUCUACAAACAUAAAAUCCUUCAUAAGUUACUACUGUCAACUAGUAAAUAACACUAUUAUUUUUUACUCAGAUCUUUUAAUCAAUAUUUCAGUUUUUGCUGUAUUCAUUCUUCUACCUCAUUGCCCAAAUUUGUUUCAUAUGUUCUUAUCCCUGUUUAUAGAGCUGUUGUGUGUUAUGAGGCUGUCUUCAUUUUCUUUGUUGUUCAUCCCUGAAGACGACUCUUCGAAUUUUGUUCCUAAAUAAAUUACAUAUGUCCAGUAUGUUGAUGAUUGCUCAUUUGAGGUCAUUUAGUGACUAUGUGAACCAUGCUGGUUGUCCUUGCAGCUUCAUUAUUUUCCUAAAGAUUUGCUUUAUCAGUCCAUCAUUGCCCAUUCUAGCCAAAUGUCCAAAGAACAAUAUCCGUGAUUUGCGCAUUAUGUGUACUAUUCCCUUUACGUGUUCAAAUACUUUUUGUUCAGUUGUGACCUUUUGUAGUCUAUUUUUGUUGUCCUUGGGCCAAGUAUGCUUCUGACCAGUCUUCUUUCUAUCUUCGUAAUUUUGUUUAUGCCACCUUCCCACCCUAGUUUUAGUGUUUUACCACAAUAUGGAGCAUUAAGUCUCACUACUGUAAUGUACUGUGUUAUUUUGGAGUCUCAUAAUGAAGCUUUCUUCUUUUAUAUGUUUCUUGUGUUCUUAAAUUUAAUGUUCGUCGUAUUUGCUCUUAUCUCUAGAUUGUCCUAAUCAUUGUUUAUGCGUAGCUACUCAACUAAACAUUUGUAUGAGCUGGUUUUGUUUUGAUUUAUGAGUAAUUUCUGUGGAAAAUUUUUAACGUUUGUGUUUGUGUUGCCUUUCUGUCUUUGGAAGAGAAUUUGUAAUUUUCUACUUGCAUAAUUAGAUUUUCUGCCUGGAUUUUGGCAUUUUUUGGUCUGUCUGUUAUCAAGGCAAUAUCAUCUGUGAAUGCCAGGCAGUGUAAAAAGACUUUAGUUUCCCAAUUUGGAUUUUCUCCACACUCCAAAUAUCUUCUCGGGGGUGCAGUUGAAAAGCAAAAAUGACAGUCCAUUACCCUGCCUGACUGUUUUUAUCACAAAGUUUUUGGAGAAUUCUCCACAGAACCUCACUUACAAUGAAGUAUUUGUUAAUAUGCCUCAGAUAAUUUUUGUUGUUCUUAGAUCUAAACCAAACUCUUUCAUAAUAUUGACGAGUGAUUUUCUGUCAAUGAAACUAUAUGCUUUCUUAAAACCUAUCAAAUGUAACUGUUGUAUCUUUGUUUCUCAUCUCAUUUGCAGAAUAAUUUUUAGAUUCUGGAUUUGUUUGCUAUAUGACAUAUUUUUUCCUGAAAAAAACUUUAUUAUUGACAACAAAAUGUAUUUUACUACUUGACAGCUAUGACUUACAAUGCACUUUAUGCUGUUUGAUAUUGUAGGCUUAAUAUUCCCUUGUAAGCUGUUGUAAAUCCCUUUGUGAUACCUGAUGAUGAACUGAGGGUUGAAACCAGUCAUAAUACAGAAUUUUUUUUAUUAACAGCUCUUAACGACAAAACUAAAACCUCUUUUUUUUUCCAUUUGUAUCUUCGGAGUAUGCAGCGACUGCUGAAGUAUCUUCUGGUGACCUAUAGUGUGGCAGAAUGGGAUGAAAUGGAGAAUACCCGGUAAUAUGUAUUGUUUUGUGCAGCUUGACUGCUUUUUGUGCAGAAAUUUUUAUUGAUGGUGAUUGUGAAGACAGUCUGUUCAGAUGUUCACUACAGGCUUAAGAGUAGUCAUGUCAUUCAGUAUAUAACUUACCCAGCCGUUCUGUUCUCAACUGCUGGAACUACUGGCCACUAGCUUGACUCACACAAUUGUACCUCUGAUAUAUAACUAAAGGUUGGACCUUUGUUUCUUGAUGAUAUUCAUUCAGAACUCCAGAAAAUAUAUGCACUUUCUUCUAGUUAGAUUCUUGGUCUGAAAUUCAUAGAUCUUGGAUGCAUUUGGCAGCCUUGUCUGUUAAGAAUUUCUCUUGGAGUUUUUCUCCCCUGUACCUUUCUCACAAGAUCAUUUUCAACAGGUCUAUUACUCAUUUAUUGUGAUGCACAGUGUUUAUGAAUAGCUGCAGAAUUGUUUUGUGUUGUGAACUUAUUUGAAACAGGGUGAAAAUCCAGAGAAGUCUUUACCCUUACUAGUUGUACUUUCUGUUUACACUAUUCUUUCUCUACAGGGGAAAAAAUCUUCUAUUCUCCAAGUCAUGAAGAGUAAUUACAAAAUCGUAAGUCUAUUAUAUAAUAAUAUAAUGGAAAGGGUAGUUGCUAUUCUCCAUAAAGUGGAAAUGCCAAAUUGCAGAAAGGCACAACAAAAAGACUGUUGGAAUGUUAACAUUCGGCCAACGAGGCCUUUGUCAGAAAUAGACAACACACACACACACACACACACACACACACACACACACACACACACACACUUGUGCAAAUGCAACUCUCACACAUGUGACCACAGUCUCUGGUAUCUGGCUCCAGCUGUCUAUUUUUGACAAAGGCCUCGUAGCCAAAAGCUAACUUUCCGACAGUCUUUUUGUUGUGCCUUUCUGUGACUCAGCAUCCCUGCUUUAUGGUGAGUAGCAACUGUCCUUUUCAUUAUACUGUUACAUUCCUUCUUGGAUUUUCCAUUGCUUAAGUCUAUUAUGUAGUGCAGAAUACGAUUUGAAAGAUGAUGGAAUGAGGCACUGCAGGUUAAAAGUUUUAGUCACAUAAGCAUAUUUUGUAGUUUUGAGAGGUCUCACUGUUUCCUACCUGAAGCAGUUAGUCACAUCCACAGCUAUAUGACUGAUAAUUUGUAUCAGUAUUUGCAUAACAUAAGUUAAUCAUUUAACAAAUAACCACAUUAAAAGUUGCUUGAAUUUUUAUCUUUGGUUUUUUACUCGUAUUUUUAGAUUUUAAAAGGUAUUUGACAUGAAAUAUUUGAGGACCAAAACAUUGUUUCUCUAGUGUGUAAUUCAUUUUACUUGUUGUGUUGUUUUGCAAUGAAGUCCUGAAACUAUACAUGGAAGAAUUUUGUAAAUGAGCAGUUCUUAAGCUUGCAGAAGCCACAGAGGACCUUGUGUGUAGACAUCAAUUUUAGGAAAUAUAAACAUGAAAUCUUCAAAAUAAUUUACUUUGCUGUGAACUGUUAUCAAUUCAGAGGAAAAAUAAAUUUUAUCGCUUACAAAUCAAUAUUUUCAAAACACACAUUUUUAGCAUAUUUUAUAAGACAGGCAUUUUGUAACGAUCAGUCUUAUCAUUUAAGUGUUUUCAAAUUAAUUUAGUUGUUAGAUAUGACUGCUGCAUAUUGUAACUAUCAAAUAUUACUGUAAACUUAUCUUCGAAUUGUGAUAAAAAAAUGUUUUAUCAGUGAUCUUUUUUUCUGCAAUGUAAAAGAUAUAUUUUGAAAUGUUCUAUAAAAUGUGAAACUAGCUGUGAUAUGGUAUUUUAAACUAGAUUCUAAAAUAAAAUGUAGUUUUGUCAAGAGAGGACAAUGUGUAAGAAAAAACCUUUGUACAUGAUAUGUAAGACUGCUUUGGAAUUUUACAUGUCACUCUGACAUGUUUUUCAGUAAAUUUUGAGUUUGUUUUUAUAUGUAUUCCUGAUAGACAGGGACAGGUAUUUUAAAAUGUGGAAUGGAAUUUAUUACAUUGAUACCACAAAAUAUGCAGCUGAUAUAAUCUUUGAAAGAUAUAUCAGGUUGUUUUGUUGUCCCAACUGUUCCAAGGUUUGGUAGCAAUGUACACAGAAAUGUGUGAAGCAAUUGAGACAAUGGACAAAAUGCCCUUUUCACCAUCAUGCAAUGUGCCUAGUUUAAGUUCGAGGGAAAGUUUGAAAUACCCUAAAUGCGCAAAAUAAUGUCUGUGCAGACUUUCAAAAUUAUUUUCCUAAAUGUGUUGUUACCAUAAUGAUUGUAUAUAAUUACAAAUGGAUAAUUGUUCCAAAGACUUUUGUAGGUUGUAUGUUGAUUGUAUUUUGGAAUAAUUAUGCAAUUGAUGCAUGUA